AAUUUAAUUAUAAUUAUUUUAUUGUAGAGUAUAGAUAAUUUGUUUGCAAGAUGGAUAAUGAGAGUGAAACUCAAGUGGACUCUAGUGCAAGUGGAAGAAGAGAUCCGGGGUGGAAAUAUGGUUGUUUGGUUAAUGAAAAAGAUUUGAAUACCAUCAUAUGCAUUUUUUGUGAUAAAGUAACCAAAGGAGGCAUAUAUAGACACAAACAACAUCUUGUUGGUGGAUAUAGAAAUGCUAAAAAGUGUAGAAAAUGUCCGGAACAUGUUAGAGAAGAAAUGGAAGAGUAUAUGAGUUCCAAGAAAAAUCAAAAAGAGCAAAUGAAUAUGGGGAGCGAAUAUGUUAAUGAAGAUUUGUUUGGUUUGGAAGAUGAAGAUAUUGGUGAGGAGAUUAAUAGUAGAACGAAUGUCACCAACAUUUCUAGUGGAGGUAGUAACCGAGGAGGAAGUGGUGGUAGAACGUUUUCUUCAAAAAAACCAAGACAAAAAGGUCCUAUGGAUCAUUUUUUCACUCCUAAUGUAGAGAUGGUUGUUCAAAAUCGAAGGAGUGGAAAGAUGAAUCAAACUACCAUCAAUGAUGCCUACAAAAAGGAAGCAAGAGAAAGAGCUUGUAUGCUUAUCACAAGAUGGAUGUAUGAGGUUGCUAUUCCAUUUAAUGCAGUCACAUAUCCGAGUUUCCAACCAAUGAUUGAGGCUAUUGGCCAAUAUGGUGUGGGUAUGAAGGGACCAACUUUUCAUGAGGUAAGAGUUACUAACCUUAAGAAAGAAUUGGCUCUCACAAAAGAUUUGAUGAAAGAUCAUAUGAUGGAAUGGGGGAAAAAUGGAUGUUCAAUUAUGUCGGAUGGAUGGACCGAUAGGAAAGAGAGAACUUUGGUAAACUUUUUGGUUAAUUGUUCAAAGGGAACCAUGUUCAUGCAAUCCAUUGAUGCUUCUUCAAUGAUUAAGACGGGAGAAAAGAUGUUUGAGUUACUUGACAAAUGGGUAGAGCAAGUUGGUGAGGAGAAUGUUAUUCAAGUUAUAACAGAUAAUCACUCAAGUUAUGUGAUGGCAGGGAGGUUGUUAGAAUUAAAGCGCCCACAUUUGUAUUGGACACCAUGUGUUGCACAUUGCCUUGACUUGAUGUUGGAAGAUAUUGGAAAGCUACCAAACAUCAAGAGGACAUCGGAGAGGGCUAUAUCACUAAAUGGGUAUAUUUAUAAUCGCUCAAGGCUACUCAACAUAAUGAGGCGGUUUAUUGGACAAAGGGAAUUGCUGAGGCCUGCUAAGACUCUGUUUGCAACUGCUUUCAUCACAUUAUCGCGAUUGCAUGAACAAAAAAACAAUUUGAGGAAGAUGUUUACAAGCUCAGAUUGGUCAGAUAGUAAAUGGGCAAAAGAGCAGAAGGGGAAAACUAUAGCCAACAUAGUUCUAAUGCCUUCAUUUUGGAACACUAUUGUGUUUUGCUUAAAGGUUUCGGGUCCCCUAGUUCGUGUGCUUCGUUUGGUUGAUGGUGAAAAAAAAGCUCCUAUGGGAUACAUCUAUGAGGCCAUGAAUAGAGCUAAGGAUGCAAUUGUGAGAAGUUUUAAUGGAAGAGAAGUACAAAGAAAUCUUCAACAUCAUUGAUAAGAGGUGGGAGAUUCAGCUUCAUCGACCUUUGGAUGUAGCAAGGUACUUUUUGAACCCGGAAUUCUUCUAUGAUAAGCCAGAAAUAGAGCAUGAUGCUGAGAUUAUGAGUGAUUUGUAUAAAUGCAUCUUAAGGCUAACAAGAGACCCUGCUAAGCAAGAAAAAGUUGUGGCCGAAGUGAGUUUGUUCACAAAUGCCCAAGGACUAUUCGGGAAUGAGUUAGCUGUUAGGACAAGAAAG